AUGGAAGGUGAUGCAUUCAACGUCGAUGUCGCGGCAGAAGCACGAAGGUACUUCGAGCGUACCGUUACUGCCCUGCAUCCGUCCACGAAGGUUCGCAAGGUCCUCGGCCUUCUGAAGGACAUUGCACGGGAUUCCUCACGUCAAAGGCCCAACAAGACUAUCAUAUUCUCGCAGUGGUCUGAAUUUCUGACAGAAGUCGCCUUGAUAAUGAAAACGCGUGGCACACAGUUUGUUCACCUGGACGGCGAAAUGUUGUUGGAGGAGCGCCAGAAAUCGACCGAUGAUAUCAAGCGAUCAAAGGCAUGCAAUAUUUGCUACAACUGGGGCAGGCGGCGCUGGGACAAGCCUUUGGUCGAGCUCAUCGCAUCGGGCAAAUGGGUCCACGAGGGCGGCAUGCUCGAGGAGCGUCUAGAUCAUUGCGUUCUGAACAUGCCCCUGUACCACCAUGCUCAGUUGCAAAAGAAGAAACGUGAUCUGGCUCAUGCAGUCUUGGCCGACUUGGAGGAAAAUGACACCCUUGAUGUGAAGGACAUCAUCGUGCUUUUAACGCAUGGGCGCCGGGUGGAUCAGGCCGCCGUCCCCGGCGUGGAAGUCCGGUAA